UUUUACACACACUCUCUGGGUGGUGAAGGGAUCAUGGAGAGCAGCAGAGUGAGGGCUCCAUUGCCAAGUCCCCCUGAAGAGGAUGUUCAAGAGGAGAAAGUCUACAGCAAUGUAUUUGCAGAGCUUGAGUCAGUAGACCUGCCUUUGGGAACAACCUUAAGAUCCGUGUAUGAUGACCAGCCCAACGCACACAAGCGCUUUAUGGAAAAACUGGACGCCAGAAUACGAAACCAUGACCGCGAGAUCGAGAAGAUGUGCAACUUCCACCAUCAAGGUUUCGUCGAUGCUAUCACGGAGCUCCUCAAGGUCCGAGCGGACGCAGAGAAGCUGAUGGGCCAAGUGACCGACACCAAUCGGAGACUUCAAGACGCCGGGCGAGAGGUGACGGCUCAGACAGAAGAGGUGAUUCGCUGCAGGGUCCAGCAGAGGAAUAUGGCCACCACUGUGGAGAAACUGCAGCUCUGUAUCCCUGUUUUGGAAAUGUACAGCAAAUUAAAGGAGCAGCUCGAAUCUAAAAGAUACUACGCUGCACUGAAGACCAUGGAGCAGCUGGAGAACAUCUAUAUUCCCAGAGUGAGCCAGUAUCGUUUCUGUCAGAUCAUGGCCGAGACGCUGCCUAAACUCCGCGAGGAGAUCAAGGAGAUCUCUAUGUCAGACCUGAAAGAUUUUCUGGAGAGCAUCAGAAAGCACUCGGAUAAGAUCGGUGAAACGGCCAUGAGACAGGCCCAGCAGCACAGGACGUUCAUCAGUACCGUGCAGAAGCAGGCGAACCUCGGCUGUACUAAACCCCUGUACAGCCUCAACGGUAGAACAUCGCUCCAACACAACGGCCUGACUCCAGAGGAAACGGUCGAUGAAGAGGAGGGAGAUGAUGAAGUGUUAACAGUGCAAGACCUGGUGGACUUUUCCCCUGUUUACCGAUGUCUUCACAUCUACACUGUUUUGGGUGACAGAGAGACAUUUGAAAACUAUUACAGAAAGCAGAGGAAAAAACAAGCACGUCUGGUGCUCCAGCCUCAAUCAAACAUGCAUGAAACCGUCGAGGGCUACAGAAAGUACUUUAACCAGAUUGUCGGGUUUUUUGUUGUGGAGGACCACAUAUUGCACGCCACGCAAGGUUUAGUGACCCGUGCGUUUACGGACGAGCUGUGGAACAUGGCCCUGUCCAAAAUAAUCGCCGUUCUCCGCACACAUUCAUCUUACUGCAAUGAUCCUGACCUGGUCCUAGAGCUGAAGAACCUGAUCGUCAUAUUUGCAGACACACUGCAGAGUUAUGGCUUCUCAGUGAACAGACUCUUCGACUUGUUGUUCGAGAUUAGAGAUCAGUACAAUGAAACCCUGCUGAAGAAGUGGGCGCUGGUGUUCAGGGAAAUAUUCGAGCAGGACAACUACAGUCCCAUCCCUGUAGAAGACGAAACAGAGUACAAGCUCGUGGUCAGUAAAUUCCCUUUCCACGACCCCGAGAUCGAAAAGCAACCAUUUCCAAAGAAGCUGCCCAUGUCCCAGUCAGUGCCUCAGAUCUACAUUCAGGUCAAGGAGUUCAUCUAUGCCAGUUUAAAGUUCUCAGAGUCACUACAUCGCAGCUCUACUGAGAUUGACGACAUGCUCCGUAAAUCCACCAACCUGCUCCUGACGAGGACGCUGAGCGGCUGCUUACAGAACCUCACCAGAAAGCCUCACAUAGGACUCACCGAGUUGGUUCAGAUCAUCAUAAACACCACGCAUUUGGAGCAAGCGUGUAAAUACCUGGAAGAUUUCAUCACCAACAUCACCAACGUCUCUCCGGAAACCGUCCACACCACGAGACUCUACGGCCUCUCCACGUUUAAGGAUGCCAGACACGCAGCAGAAGGUGAGAUCUACACCAAGCUCAACCAGAAGAUCGAUGAGUUCAUUCAACUGGCCGACUACGAAUGGAGCAUGUCCGAGUCGGACGGCAGGGCCAGCGGCUACCUCAUGGACCUCAUCAACUUUCUGCGCAGCACCUUCCAGGUCUUCACACACUUACCGAAUAACACCAAUGAUCAUGCUGCGAUGUCGGGGAAAGUGGCUCAGACGGCCUGCAUGUCGGCUUGCAAGCACCUCGCAACGUCCAUGAUGCAGAUGCUGCUUGACACAGAGCUCAAGCAGGUCAGCAUGGGGGCCAUCCAGCAGUUCAACCUGGACGUCAUCCAGUGUGAACUCUUCGCCAGUUCAGAGCCUGUGCCGGGAUUCCAGGGGGACACACUACAGCUGGCGUUCAUUGACCUCCGACAGCUGCUCGACUUGUUCAUGGUGUGGGACUGGUCCACAUACCUAGCGGACUACGGACAGCCCACCUCAAAGUAUCUUCGGGUCAACCCGUCUACCGCACUUGCACUUUUGGAGAAAAUGAAGGACACAAGCAAAAAGAACAACAUCUUUUCUCAGUUCCGAAAGAACGACCGCGACAAGCAGAAGCUGAUCGAGACGGUGGUGAAGCAGCUGAGGACUCUAGUGAACGGCAUGUCGCAGCACUCCUAGACCCCGUCCCUUUAACGUCCGCCUUCCUGCACUUCCUGAUCCCACAUGUGAUGAAAGCACAGUGCAGAAUUUCAGACUACAGCACUGUUGUUUAUUUGCUCCUCCAGCUAUGAUGAUGGCUCAGCGUAGCUCGCUCGCCCAGCCGCCGCGUCUCCGGUGCCCAUUGCCAAAACGUCUCCUGCCAUGUCAUGUUCCAUUUCUAACUGAAUCGAUAUUGUAAAUACGGGAUUAAAAAGAAAAAUAAACCAAGACGACGACGAAUGGGGAUCGGUUUACCAAAUGCAAACGAUUAAGCAGUAAUUUCUUCUUUUAACGUCUUUUUAAUGGCCAAGGAAUUAAGUUUUUGUAUAUUGUUCGAAGUGAAAAAUGAUUGUAUCGCUACUCUGGAGUGCCGAUGUGGGAACGAUGAAUGAUGAAGUCCUCACGUGAGACUGACGUUCACGCCGAGAUCUUUAAGAAAAAUCUCCAGAGUGGGAUAGGCCGUGAAGUUUUUAGUGUAAAUAUUUUAAAUUAUAUUUAAUACUACUAUCAAAUCACGCUUUCCACACAUUCGCUGAAGUGAAUUAGUUUGCCUAUCAAUCUGUGGCAUAGAGGGGGAAAAAAACAUGCAUGAAUGUGUGUGUGUGUGGGUUGUUGUUUUUUAUUAUUAUUAUUAUUAUUAUUUAAGGCCGAAGGCGACAGGAUGUUUUAAUAAUUUUGCAUCUAUUUCUUCAUGUAAGGGAAUAAUGGUCUUUAGCUGUAAAUGACAUUUCAUGAUGUACAAAACAGUUGCUUGUGUCUGAAAUGCUCUGUGGAAGUCUAUUUUUUAUUUAAUUUUAAUUUCCUCAGGGUGAAAUGAAAGCUUUUUUUUUUAGUUCCGACGCUUUCAAGGCUCACACUAAAGGAGAAAGAAAACGAGCAAUAACUGGUCCGCGCGCAGCCGCAGAAGCAAGGCUGCAUUUCAUCACGACUUCAGUUGCUCUCUGUCUUUCCGCAGACUUUGCACCAAAUAUUACUUAAGUUAUUUACAUAUGUAUAUGUAACUUAUUUACAUAUAUAUGUGUUUAUAUGUAUGUAUGCUUGUGAAGUUAACAUGUUGUUGUACAAAAUGGAAAAUAGAGAUUCUCUACAUCAGAAAUCAGCGAUUGCAUGGGUGGGGUUUGUUCCUGUCCUGGAAAUAGAAUGGGGGGGUGAAAGUUUAUUGAUAAUUCUUAGUGAUUCCACAUGUUCAGUUUUGUUUUCAGUCUGUUUAGGUUGAAACAGCACUAGUUACAUUUCUCCCCUUCUUAUUGAAAGAAGAAGACUGUAACGUCUCCGACAUAAUGUUUAGUGAGAACCCCGAAAUCACGACUUUUCCCAGAAUGCAUUUGUUUCUGUCUGCUUUAAUAAAAUGGGAUCUAAAAAAUA